CGCAAACACAACCCAACACACACACACACACACACACACACACACACACACACAUAGCUCUAGCUUGAGAGAGAGAGAGAGAGAGAGGAUGGCGGGAGCGGUGAACGGCGUGGAGGCAGCUCAGGGCGGCGCGGCGGCGGCGAUCAGGCACCGGACGGUGGAGGCGAACGGCAUCGCGAUGCACGUGGCGGAGUCCGGGCCGGAGGACGGCCCGGCGGUGCUGUUCCUGCACGGCUUCCCGGAGCUGUGGUACUCGUGGCGGCACCAGAUGGCGCACCUCGCCGCGCGGGGCUACCGGUGCGUGGCGCCCGACCUGCGCGGCUACGGCGGCACGGAGGCGCCGGCCGACGUCGCGUCCUACACCGCCUUCCACGUCGUCGGCGACGCCGUCGCGCUGCUCGACGCCCUCGGCAUCGGCAAGGUGUUCGUGGUGGGGCACGAUUGGGGCGCCAUCAUCGCGUGGUACCUGUGCCUCUUCCGCCCGGACCGGGUGACGGCGCUCGUCAACACCAGCGUCGCCUUCAUGCGCCACGUCUUCAUCCGCGCCGGCGCCGCCGCCGUCAAGACCACCGACUACUUCAACCAAGCCUACGGCCCAACCUACUACAUCUGCCGCUUCCAGGAGCCCGGGGUGGCGGAGAAGGAGUUCGCGCCGGCGCACGCGAGGCACCUGAUGACGCGGAUCCUGAGCGACCGCUUCAGCGAGCGCGCGGCCGGCAAGGAGCCCAAGGACGGCGGCGACGACGCCGACGUGGCGCUCCCGCCGUGGCUCACGGAGGCGGACAUCGACUACUUCGCCGCGGCCUUCGAGAAGACGGGCUUCACGGGCGCCAUCAACUACUACCGCAACAUGGACCGGAACUGGGAGCUGGCGGCGCCGUGGGCGGACGCCAAGGUGACGGUGCCGACCAAGUUCAUCGUGGGGGACGGGGACCUGACGUACCACUACGCCGGGAUCCAGGACUACCUGCACAAGGGCGGGCUCAAGGCGGACGUGCCGCUGCUGGAGGAGCUGGUCGUCGUCCCCGGCGCCGGCCACUUCAUCCAGCAGGAGCGGGCGCAGGAGGUCAGCGACCACAUCCACGACUUCAUCGCAAAGUUCUGAACACACCCAGCAGAACCCAUUGGAUUUGUAACGUCUGCGUGCAUGCACGUGUACGGUUAGUCCGUUCGUAUGAAUCAUCGGUCGUUUCGUGCUCUCGUUUGUUGUUCCUAGGCCUGUGGAUGCAUCUGUUGAGUUACCCGUGGAUAUUUAAUGCUCUAGUCGAUGGAACUGUGCCUGUGUAUGUCCAUGUGUUAGUCGCGUCAGAGUUCAAACAACAUGGAUCGUGUAAAAAAAAAGUUGUGAAACAAUUGCCUGAAUUUUUUA